AUGGCCAUUGCAGAUUACUUUGAGUGGACAAUUGAUUUUGAAGGACAAAAGCUUGCUGAUCAGCUUACGCAUCUAAUCCUCAUCUCUUUUGCGGCGAUCGGUUUUGUUGCUGGCUAUGCCCUUGAAUCGUUAUUAGUAACAGUGGGAGUCUUCGCUGUGGGUCUGUUCCUGGCAGCAGUACUCGUCUUACCACCAUGGCCCAUGUAUAACCGCAAUCCUCAGAAAUGGCUUGCUUCUACGAAAGUCAAAUAG